AUGGGACAAUCCUCAGACCAAACCUCAUCUUCAAGCUUUUGGAACAGGUUGUGGGGAAUCAAGGCAUCUCAAGCUACAAAAUCUUUUCUCUGGAGAGCAGCAACCGAGUCCCUUGCCACAAACCUCAACUUGUUUACAAGGAAAAUGAUUGAGUCCCCCCUCUGCCCAAUAUGUUCCCUAGAGCCUGAGUCAAUCUCCCAUGCUAUAUGGUCCUGUAGUGCAGCUCAAGAUGUGUGGUCGAUGAGGUCUAAAAGAAUUCAAAAACUGAGUAUUCAUGCAGGUCCAGUCAAGGAAAUACUAGGGCCUAUCCUAGCCCAGUUUCUUCCAUUGGAGAUCAGUGAAGUGGCUACUACAGCAAAAGCAAUCUGGCAUAGAAGAAAUGCUUGGCUAUUUGAACAGCAGUUCCAUUCCCCUUCCCAGCCAAAGACCUCCAGUCGCCUCAGCAGCAAGUGGAUUGCACCCCCACCAAAUGUGUUCAAGGUCAAUUUGGAUGCAGCCAUUGAUAGAGUUAACUCAAAGCUGGGCAUUGGAGUGGCUGUUAGGGACUCAGAGGGCUUGUUUGUGGCGACCCUUUGCUCCUCCAUGGAUCUGGACCCUGAUCUACUCUUGGGUGAGGUAGUAGCUGCCCGGAGAGCUACCUCCUUUUGUGUUGAACUGGGACUGGCUGACUUCAUCCUUGAAGGAGAUUCCCUUGUAGUGGUUCAAGCAGUCCAACAUAGUGAAGACAGUUGGAGCUCCAGUGGAGUUGUCAUCCGAGAUGUCCAGCUCAUGCUCUCCAGGACUAGCCGUUGGUCAAUCCAGUUUAUCCCUAGGGAAGUCAAUGUAUUAGCUCAUCACUUGGCUAAGUUUGGCCUGUCUUGCUCAAAAGAAUGUAUUCUUAUUGAGGAUUACCCUCCUUGUAUUCAGCAUUUGCUCUAA